AUGCACAUCCCCGUCGCCCUACGCUCCCUGGCCACAGCGGCCCUCUUUACGCCCUGGAACCCGAGUCAGUGGGUCGCCUCCGACGACACCGUCCGCAACGGCACGAGUCAUUCAACCCUCGACAUCAUCGCGCCCGGCGCCCCCGGCAACCCGUUCCCCGAGUCUGUCGCCAACUUCCACGGCACCCUGGACUACGAGACGCUCGGCGGCGCUGGGUUCGCCUCCCAGAGGACCGCCGACGACUGGCCCGGCCUCGACCUGUCGGCCUUCGACACCAUUACCCUCGAGAUCCCCUACGCCGACGGCAAGAGGUACUCCUUCAACCUCAAGGACACCGUCCCACCGCCUAUCAACGGCGUCGAGCAGUCCGGCGUGAGCUGGGAGUUUGAAUUCCAGCUCCCGGCCGUGGAGCACACCGACGGCGCGGUCGAGAAGGUCGUCAUGCCCAUUUCCGAGUUCGUGCCGACCUUCCGCGGCCGGGUGCAGAACGACACGGCGCCGCUCGACCUGACCAGCAUCAAGAGGGUCAACAUCAUGAUCCGGAGCUUCUUCGCGGAGCAGGACGGGGACUUUGAGCUGCAUAUCAAGUCGGUGAUUGCGUCGAAGCAGGGCGUCGAGGAAUUGAGGUCCACCUGA